AUGAGAGGUGCCCAGCUGGUCCUGCUCGUCACCCUCCUGUGCCCUUGUGCCCUGAGCCUGCGCUGCCACACGUGCCUGGAGAUCCAGAGAGUCGGCAGAGAUUGUCAACUGACCACAUGUGUGGGCCUCAGAGGGGGCGAUGGGGGCGUCUGCUACACCAGCAAUCUGACCAUCACCACGGCCUCGGGGAGGCAGGCCGUGUCGUACUUCAAGGGCUGUGCGGCCUCCUGUGAGGUAGCCCAGAAAGCCAUCCACCAGCUGGCCAGGGCUGAGACACUGCAUGCCUCCGGAGUGGCCGUCCAGUUGCAGCUGGAGAGCACGAAGUGCUGUGAGCAAGACUUGUGCAAUGCGGGGCCGCAGGGCCUGGCCAGCGCACUGCUGCUGCUAGGCCUGGGGCCCCUCCUCCUGGCCCUGCUCUGA